AGUACUCUGUUCAACGAUUACAGAUCAAACUCCACAGAUGUCCGUAUCAUGAUGUCAUCGGGAGCAAAUUCAAAUUCGCAUUGAAGCGGCGUUGUUAGAUGUCGUUGCGCCGAUUGAGGACCGAAAGUUGGCGCUCGCUGUCUUUCCGUUGUCAAUAACGGACAGUGGCAGUAUCCCGGCACAAAAUCCCGGAAACAUUUCGUUGUGUAAAAUUCGACGAAUCUCCGGAUGUAAUUUCGAGUGAUCGCGCAUUCAUUUUGGGAUUGGUUGAAAUUCGCGUACCGGUAGCCGUUGCUGUCGCGCGGGUUACGCGACGUAACGUUUUAACUGGCGAUUUGUGAAACGGGCGUGCCUGCAAGGAUCGGCGAGACGUCCCUGACGUGAAAAUAUACAACGGCCGCGAGAGGCGGCGAACAACGACAGCCAGACUGCGACUGUGACUGCGACAACGAGAACGGUGAACAAUAGCGUUAACAACAGCGGCGGAGGAGCGACGACGGCGCGUGCAGAGCAAAAUAGAGCAGAACAGGAGGGACGAAGAGGCACGGCGGUGGACGAUAGGAACCCAGCACCGCCGCGUGAUUUUGAACGCGAACGUAACUGUCAACGGUCGAAUUCGGAGGUCUACCGAUCGGCGAGCGAACGCGUAGGGUUUCUUAAGCAAGGAUCGCUGGCACAGUUUUUCAUCGCCACAAACGAGCAACGCUGAGUUUUCGUGUUCAACUCGAUCCGGUGAGAAACCGGUCGUUUUACGGUGGAUAGCUACGGCGUGAGAACACGACUAAAUGACCAUGGACCACGGCAUGUGCAACAUCGAGACCGGGCACAGCAUAAAUAUCCAAAGGACGGACGGUCGCAUCCAUUCAGCAGUUGUUUCCGGCGUUAAUUGGGCGCAGCGCACGGUUACCGUAGAAUGGUUCGAGAGAGGCGAGACCAAGGGGAAAGAGGUCGAGAUCGACGCGAUUCUCGCCUUGAAUCCCGAUCUGAAUCAAAAAACCAUGGGACCACCUCAUGUCAUACCUGGGAACAAUCAUGUGCUGUCCUCCAGAGCAAGGGAUUCCUCAGGCGAAGAGGACGAGGGGGUGGACGAGUCGGAGAACCAAGAGGAGGGCUCCCUCGGACGACACGGCGUUCACGUCGCAAGAAACGGCCUUGCAUCCGCAACGCUUCCUGUACGAGUCACUGUAUCUGUCUUCCCGCAUUCGGCAAAGCCAUCGAUCCCAGUAAAAGCUGCUAUCAACAGGCCACGACCGCCUGGUCGGCCAACUAACAUUAUGACAUCGGGAACCGCCGUAAACGGUGAAUCCGUGGCCGCGUUGACGGGCCGCCGGGAGUUGGAGAACAUACCACCGACGCCGACCGCGACCUUGGCUUGCUUCAAUCAAUCAAGCGAAUCAAAAUUCAAUCAGACGAAGCAAAAACAGCAGCAGCAGCAGCAGCCGCAGGUACCACCACAGCAACAAGCACAAGAGAACGGUAGGGGUAGGCGAUCGAACGUGGUGAAGGAAGUUGAGAGGCUGAAGAAGAAUCGAGAGGAGAGGAGACAAAGGCAGGCCGAGCUGAAAGAAGAAAAGGAAGCCAUGAUGAAUCUGGAUCCUGGAAACCCCAACUGGGAAUUUCUUGCUAUGAUAAGAGAGUAUCAGAGCAACAUCGACUUCAGGCCCCUACGGGAGACGGAUACCGUAGAAGAUCAUCAGAUCACGGUGUGCGUCAGGAAACGCCCACUGAAUAAGAAGGAAGUCGCGCGCAAGGAGGUGGACGUGAUCAGCGUGCCCAGUAAAGAUCAGAUGGUGGUCCACGAGCCGAAGGCCAAAGUAGAUCUGACCAAAUACUUGGAAAACCAAAUCUUUCGAUUCGAUUACGCAUUCGACGAGACCUGCACGAACGAGAUCGUUUACAAGUACACCGCGAAACCUUUGGUGCAGACAAUAUUCGAUGGCGGAAUGGCCACGUGUUUCGCUUAUGGCCAAACCGGAAGUGGGAAAACGCACACGAUGGGCGGCGAUUUUAACGGGAAGACGCAGGACUGCAAGAAAGGGAUAUACGCGAUGGUAGCUAAAGACGUGUUCAAAUACCUUAACUUAGCGAAAUAUCGCCCGUUGAAUCUAGUGAUCUGCGCGAGCUUUUUCGAGAUCUACUCCGGCAAGGUGUUCGAUCUGUUGGCGGACAAGGAGAAGCUUCGAGUUUUAGAGGAUGGCAAGCAACAGGUACAAAUAGUGGGACUGACAGAGAAGGUCGUGGAGACUUGCGACGAAGUGCUGAAGCUCAUACAGCACGGGAACAGUGCCAGAACCAGCGGGCAGACGAGCGCGAAUUCAAAUUCGUCACGAUCGCACGCGGUAUUUCAAAUCAUAGCGCGAUCGCCGGGCACGCACAAGAUACACGGCAAGUUCUCUUUGAUCGAUCUCGCGGGUAACGAGAGGGGUGCUGACACAUCGUCCGCCAACAGGCAAACUCGAAUGGAAGGAGCCGAGAUCAACAAAUCGUUGUUAGCGUUAAAAGAAUGUAUCCGAGCUUUGAGUCGCAAAGGCACGCAUCUACCCUUUAGAGCUAGCAAGUUGACGCAAGUAUUGAGGGACAGCUUCAUUGGGGAAAAAUCAAAAACCUGCAUGAUCGCGAUGAUCAGUCCGGGAAUGAGUUCUUGCGAGCAUUCAUUGAACACUUUGAGAUACGCAGACCGAGUGAAAGAGUUAGCUGCGACCGAUCCAACAGAAGCGAAGGUUUCGCCGACCGACGAUGACCGGGAGUUGAAGAUCGAAGAGGAACCGAACAACAGCGUACUGUCGGACAGCGAUUUGGCGCAACUCAGAUCGCUGAAUGAGGGUGAGAUCUCCCAGGAUCUGUACACGUUCCACGAAGCGGUGUCCGCGCUGCAGAUGCUCGAAGAAGAGAUUCUGGAAACGCACAAAAUGGUCAUGGACGAUACGACCAGAUUCAUGGAUGACGCGCGUAACGUGUUCACCAUGACCCACGAAGUAGACUACGACCAGGAAGAUUCACACGGUAAUGGUAAGGCAAACGCAAGCUACCUAAAACUAGAGGACGAGAGGACGACAACGAUGAUGACUACGACGACGCUGCUUCCAACGUGCGAUUCUGCCUGGCUCGCAAACGGUGACGCCAGUUUCGAAUCAAAUAAAACUUUUACAAAGUCAAAUAUGUCCUUACGAUCUCCGUGGAAGCACGAGAUAGAAUGCGUGAACAACGAUUCGUGCGAUAGCGACUACGAAUCGUUGCCUAUCUCGCAAACGACACACAUUGCGAACACGAUUCAACAUGAGAAGUAUCCUCAGAGAAGGAAUUGGACGUCUGGACAGCGAGAGAAACGAUCGGUCACUGGGAAAAAGAAAACGCAGAGAUAUCAUUGGUCCGGCAAGUUUAAAAGAUACUCGUAUCUUAACGAUGAGAUCAAUAAUACGACGAUACCAGACUUCGCUUCCGGUGAUCAUGUUCACGAGAACCAUUACAAUUACAACUUCGACGCUUUUCAUGAUGAUAAGGCUGCGAGGAGGACAAAAGUAUUCCGAUGCGAUACAUUCAAUUUGGGUGACGAAAGCAGCGAGAAUAAUGAGAACGCUAAACAGUGUCAGGAUCAAUCUGAACACGAGGAGGAUCAUCGCCAACGAGACAGGAAGAAAGAAGAGCCACAGAUUCCACUUCGGUCUAACGAUUCUCACGGACCCACAGUAUGCACCGUGCUGUAUCAGUCCACGUUGAACUUUUGCCAUUUUCUUUUAUCAUUCCUUAAGAAUGUUAUUAUAUUCACCCUUUUACCCAGCCUAUACGUGGCCUUCUUCAUUUACGUGAAAGGAACGCAAGAUCGAUGAACUAUUAGUGCGCAUUUUUAUUUAAUUCACACGGUGCUUACUAUGAACGAUAAUUAACGUUAUCUCAACUGCCUUACAUUUUUUUAUUCUUUCUUUUUAUAAAUUGUUUUAUACUUUUUUUUAUAUAGCUUUUAAUCUUCCGUUAUUAUCGCGUAUUAUGUCAACGAAAUCGAAACAGCGAGAGACCGGUUUCCCGUGUAUCUUAUCACCGACAUUUGUUUUCGAAGACUGUAACGGAAGCGAACUGCGACUCGACGAUACGUAGAUGAAAAUGUGUAGGAACGUGUGGGAACGAGAAACGAGGCUUUCGCGUUCGCCUGUCAUCGCGUCGUGCGCGCGAGUUCCGUGCGAAAAUCAUUGCU